GUUCUAGUACUUUUUGCAGUAAAAAGAUCAAAUUUUUGCGCAUUGAUAAUAAAUUCAGCAAAUCAGCGAUUUGAGUUUAUUAUCAUUGAAAAUUGCUUCCAAUUCAAUCCAAUCAAUCAAGCCGCAAAGUGCAACUAAUGCACCAAAGAAAUUAACGUCCGGAACAACAUUGGAGUAGUAAAAGCACAAUCUCCAAUAGCGAGCGCUUUCGAAAACCGCCCAGUGCAAUUUGGCCGCCUUAGAAAAGUUCCUAAAAAGAGGGUUUUUGGUUCAAAACUAGACUCAAGAUUUAAGCCCUUUGGCCUUAUUAAAGAGCUUUAAUUUUCAGCUGUUGUUCCUUUCUCCUUUACAAUUUCCAUAUUCAUUGUCCUCGCAAUUGCAAGUGAACGAAUGCAACUGGUUACUGGCCUAUAUAAAAUGACUGGGAAGGUCAACGGUGCAGGGUAUUUCUUCAUUUUGCAUUAUUAUUCAGAUUUAGUCCUAAGAAAAUUCUCAGCCAGUUGCAGUACAUUCUAAUACUCCCAUAGUGGCAGUUGCGGUUCAAAAUGCAUCGACUACUGAGCUUCUUGAUGUUGCUGGCGCCUAUUGUCGCCCUUCCUGCGGACCGCUGGCCCAACCUUGGACCAUCGAGGCACGAAAUCGUCAUUACUCCCGCUUCAGAUCACAUUCCAACCGAAUAUCCCCACAACAGUGCCAAGAAGGAGCCGAUUUAUCACUCGACUUAUGCGGCCAUCAACCAGAUUUACCCCUCCGAAGAGGAGCGACCUUCUAAACUGUACCCGCCGCCGGAAGUGCAUUCCGGAUACGGACACCAUACCGAAGAGAGGAAGCACCACAUUGACGAGAAACUGUUGCGCAAGCACUACGAAGACUAUCUGGAUAAGCAGGCCAAGUUCAAGAAGAACCUGCUGGAAAAGGCGCUGUUCAAGACAGUGGAUGUGACUGCGAAGAUCGCCAAAUCCACGGUGGAUUUUGUGACCAAGAUUGCCAUCGAAACCGCUGCCAAGCUGGCAAAAAAUGGGGCAAAACACGUGAUUCACAAGAAGGACGAGAAGUUGCAUAAUCCGGCCAAUCACCACUACUACUGAUGAUUGGAGGCGCUUGGUAGUAAUCACACUAGCUUAGAUUCAUGUCAGCACUUUCCUUAGGUCUAGUCAUAGUUGUUAAAAGGACAAGGAAGUUUUUGGAGAAUGUAAAUAAAGUCAAAGUAUGAACAAUGAAAGACUUUCGGUAUCAGCAGAGCCGUCACGAGCUUUUGAUAUAGGCAAGUGCAGAUUUCGAAAUUCGCUAACCUCAGGCACCCCCAGGACCGGUUUCGAGCCUAUUAGCUCUCAUCAACUGGGUUCAGCCGGAAAUUAGCGAUUCCGAAACAUGCACUUUAUAAUACCAAUGUAUUCACAUCGGCGUGAAUUGCCAUGAUUUUAAUGCUUGGUUUUCAUCAGGCCAGAACAAAUUCAAUAAAAAUAAUUGAAA